AUGGACUCGCAGUGGGCCUCGUACGUCGAGAGCACGCCCGCCACCCGCCAGACGCGCUACUACGCUGCGCCGCCCAGCCUGACGACGACCCAGCACCCACAGCGCGACCCGACCGCGCAACCCCAGCCACGGCCCGAGGCCAAGCAGGACCACUACGCGAAGCAGGACUCGUACAACACGCCCUCCAUCGCCUCGCGCGCCGCCUCCAUGCAGAUCAGCUCGCCGCCCGCCCUGCAGCAGCGCUCGCACAGCUACCACAACGGAGACAACGACGGCGAUGUGCCAAUGGAGGACGCGGAUCCCUACAAGCCGCGGUAUGCUGCAAAGUCCGCCCAGCCAAGUCGCACCUCGACGGCCUACGUUCAGGAGCAAGAGGCUUCGGCCGCUGCGCGCCGCUACUCUCCAAUGAACCUAUCGCCGUCAUCGCCCUAUGGCCCUGGCUCCCAGCAGAACGCCGCCAACUACACUAGCUUUUCCCCGCAAUCCACCCGCCAGUCGCCCACUCGCUCGAAUCCCUACAUGUCACCUCCUCAGAGCUACUAUUCCCCGCCAUCGUCGCGAGCCAACCCGCCGCAGCUGCCUCCGAUCCAAUCCAACCUGAACACAUCUGAUCACUACUAUCCGCAAUCAGCCACGGCACAGCUCAACGCUGCAUACGGACGAGACGCCCGGUCACCGCGUAAUCCGGCCACGCAAACCCCCAUGUCGCCCCAGGCAACCCGCGGCCCUGUGCCGACUUUCACAAAGUGCCUCAACACCGCAGAUUUGCAGCCACGCAUUAACGAGCAGCCGCCGUUUCGGAGAGCAAACCCAGAGGGCGGUUUCAUAAGUCCGCUGCAAGCAUUGACGACCCACUUGCCUGCGACGUACCGCAUUUGUAACCCCAACUUCAAGUACGAGUCUUCGAGAAAUCCGCGCAGAGUUCUCACCAAGCCGAGCAAGGGUGUCAAGAAUGAUGGCUACGACAACGAGGACAGUGAUUACAUCCUCUAUGUCAACGAUAUUCUGGGGUCGGAGGAAUCGGGCCACAAGAACCGCUACCUUAUUCUGGAUGUCUUGGGUCAAGGUACUUUUGGGCAGGUGGUCAAGUGCCAGAACCUCCGGACGCAAGAGGUUGUCGCUGUGAAGGUCAUCAAGAACAGGACUGCCUAUUUCAACCAGAGCAUGAUGGAGGUGUCGGUUUUGGAUCUGUUGAACAAGCAGAUGGACAAAAACGACGACCACCAUCUCCUGCGCCUGAAGGACACGUUCAUCCACAGGCAACAUCUUUGCCUUGUCUUUGAGCUGCUCAGCGUUAACUUGUACGAGUUGAUCAAGCAAAACCAAUUCCGUGGUCUGAGUACCACACUCGUGCGAGUAUUUGCGCAGCAACUGCUCAAUGGCCUGGCACUGCUUGGCAAGGCCAAACUGAUCCAUUGCGAUCUGAAACCGGAGAAUAUCCUGCUAAAGAACCUUGAGAGCCCGAUUAUCAAGAUUAUCGAUUUUGGCUCUGCGUGCGAUGAACGACAGACUGUCUACACGUACAUUCAGUCGCGCUUCUACCGCUCCCCAGAGGUUCUUCUGGGUCUCCCCUAUUCGGCGGCUAUCGACAUGUGGUCGUUGGGCUGCAUUGUUGUGGAGCUGUUCUUAGGAUUACCGCUGUUUCCAGGAUCAUCCGAGUAUAACCAGGUCGCACGGAUCACAGAAAUGCUGGGUCUCCCUCCGGCAUGGAUGCUAGAGAUGGGCAAGCAAUCUGGAGAAUUUUUCGAGAAGGUGCAAGACGAAUUCGGCAGAAAGACUUGGAGAUUGAAGAGUAUGGAGCAAUACUCGCGCGAGCACGGCACCAAGGAACAACCGAGCAAGAAGUAUUUCUCUGCUACGACGCUUCCGGAAAUCAUCAAAAACUAUCCGAUGCCGAGGAAGAACAUGAAACCGGCGGAGAUUGAGAGAGAAAUGGCCAAUCGCCACGCUUUCAUCGACUUCGCCCAAGGGCUCCUGAACCUCAACCCUCUGGAAAGAUGGACCCCCAAUCAGGCGAAGAUGCAUCCGUUCAUCACGCAGCAGAAGUUCACUGGGCCUUUCAUACCCCCGAUGACGAUGAGAGCCGGUUCCAACAGGUCCCCCGCACCGGGUGUUGUCGAGCAGCAGCGUGCUGAAGCUUUGAGUAGACAGCGGGCUCAACAGCAGGCUGCGCAAGCUCAAGCGCAGAGCGCCGCUUACGCUAACAUGCAGAUGAACCAGUAUGCGCAAAGCCCACACGCUCAAAGUCCGGCCAUGUAUAACAACAUGUACAGCCCAAGCCACCAAGGUGCACCUCCUCCAUAUCCUGCGCAACCGAACUACAACCAGCAAAUGAGCCUGGUCCAACAGACCCCCCGGUACAACCCGCAGCAAAAUCUCUACGCACAAGCAACGACAAGAGCGGGGCGGCAGAGAGCAUCGACAAUGGACCAACAGCCGAAUGGGAUUCCCCCUGCGCUGCAACGAGUGAUGAGUCACUUGGACCCCAACGCUCCUGUCAGGCUGCAGCCCAGCCCUGCCUACUACCCACCGCCCCCCGACGGGGCGCCUGAUGGAAAUCCUGCUAGUGCAAGGAGGCGUGAUAGCCGUGCAACUGGCACCGGCGGACAAGGUCGUCACCGCGGAAACCGCGAUUUUAUUCGGACGCUCGAGGACCGAACUCUCGAGGAAGGCUUCAUGAACAACCAGAACCACUGGCAGUGA